UUCAAUUGAAGAAUUUUAGCAAUCGCAAAAAUUGUGAAAAGAAACUGUUGAAGACAAAACCAAAAACUACUUUCAUUUUAGUUAAAGUGCUUGUGCAACAGCAAGUAGGGAAGUAAAUAGAAACAAAACACUCAAAAGCCCUUCGAUGGUGAAAAUGUCAAGCGCGAUCUUUACAAAAUCAAACACAGCACUGCAGUAUUACAGUAAAAGUAGUAGUAAUAAUCACAACAACAACAACAACACAACAGCGCAUCCGCAACAACAACUCAGCGCCGCAGUAAAAAUGUUUAAAUAUCAAAAUAUAGCACCAGCGCCCACCAUGCCUUUAUCGCUUGGUUGCGCGGGUGCUGAGAUUAAGACGCGCAAAUAUACCCCGCGUGCGCCUAGUAACGGCGGUGGACCUUUUAGCGUGGAUCAGACGCAAUCAGUGCAGCGCCGUAAUGCGCGUGAGCGAAAUCGCGUCAAACAGGUGAAUAAUAGUUUUGCGCGCCUGCGUCAGCACAUACCGCAAACGAUCAUUACCGAUUUGCUAAAAGGUGGCGGUCGUGGGCCGCAAAAAAAAAUUAGCAAAGUUGAUACGCUACGUAUUGCCGUGGAAUAUAUACGCCGCCUGCAGGAUUUGGUGGACGAUCUGAAUGGCAGCAGCGGCGCUGGUGCGGUGCAAAGCAAAUACAGCACCGCGCGAGGCAGUAGCGGCUUGCUUAUGGCUGCUACUAGCGACAAUAAUACCACUUCGAGCAACAGUUCAUUCAGUAGCAACAGUAGCAGCGCUAGCAGUAAUCUCAGCUUAUUGUCGCCUGAUUCGCCAACACCGAACGCGCCGUGCGCCGAUGGUCUGGCUGCCGCGGAACAGUUAUAUUUCGCUAGCACAGCCAAUAGCGCUUUGCAAGCAGCUUUCCAGCAACAACAACAGCAAGAACAACAACAGCAUCAGCAACAAUUUACCGCAGCGCUACUCACCGCAGAAGCAUUGCAAGCGUACGCUUCACCGCAGCCGCAAACACAAACAACACAGACACAGCUCGAUAUUGGCUGCCCAUCACCUACUUCAUCCUUCAAUUCGAGCAUGUCAUUUGAUUCGGGCACUUUUGUACAUUCACCAGUGCCACAGCAACAGUUAUCAGCGCUGCGACAUGGCACCGCAAGUGAAGCGCAGCGCGGCAGUAGUGAGAAUAAUAAUGCCAGUGCCAGCCAGAUUGACGCGAAUUUGCAGCUGAAAUUUGAGCCCUACGACAAUUUCAAUUUACACGAGGAAGACUGCACGCCCGACGAUGAGGAGAUACUCGACUACAUUUCGCUGUGGCAAGAACAAUGA